AUGGAUCGCUGCGUCUACUAUAACUUGACUGAAGAAGACGUUUGUCGGGAGUGUAUUAUGAAGAAAAUAGAUCAUGAAGAGAUCGCCUCCUGCCCAGUAUGCAAUGUUUAUCUUGGUAUUGCUCCUAAAGAGAAACUCAGUUGCAGCAGAUUUGUUAAGGACAUUUAUCUAUAUGCAUUUGAAUUGCACAGAAAUAGUAUCAGGAAUACGGUGUUUCCACUUAAGACAGAAGCUUCUGGUUCUAAGGAUCCAACUAUUACGUCGCAAGCAAAGAGAAAAGAGAGGUCCCUUUCUUUGCAUGAUGGAAUAACUACCCCAAUCUUCCUCCCAAAUGUUUAUUUGCUAUCGGCCUCCAACUCAGCCAGAGACAUCCUUUGUCGGGAGUGUAUUAUGAAGAAAAUAGAUCAUGAAGAGAUCGACUCCUGCACAGUAUUCAAUGUUUAUCUUGGUAUUGCUCCUGAAGAGAAACUCAGGUUACAAGAUAAACUGCUGCCUGAGAUGCCAAAGAUAUACUUGAGAAUUAAGGAUAGGAGUAUGCAGAUCUACUCGAUCCUGAGUUACAUUACAAAGAAACUUGAGCUAGCAAGUGAUGAUAAGUUGGAGAUCCUAUGCAACGAGUGGUGGUCAAUCUGUCCUUCGAUGACGCUGGGUUGCCUACUUGAACAGUGGCUGAGCAGCAAGCUGAAGCAGAAGGUCCGGGCUACGGUGGGCGGCCCGGCCAAGGACUUUGUGAUGGAGCUGAGCUACCGCCGGCGCCCGGCAGCCCUAUCUGCUGCAUGA